CACUCGCCAAUUCCGUGGGACGGUGGGGGCUCCGAUAUCUGAACACCGCUGCGCUUCACACUUCCUUCGUCCACUUCCACCCCCUCUCGCAACAAUGCGCUCCUAUAAGCUUCAAGAUAUUGCAAAGCACGACUCCGAAAGGUCGUGCUGGGUCAUCAUCCACAACAAAGUCUACGAUGUUACGGAUUUUUUACAUGAACAUCCUGGUGGUGCCUCGGUAAUUCUGAAAUAUGCUGGAAAGGAUGCUACGCUGGCGUACGAACCAAUCCACCCCCCUGACGCACUGGACAAGCACCUAUCCCCAUCCCAACAUCUCGGCAAUGUCGAGGCCGACGCGGCUCAGGCCCUAGAAGAAGAAAGGCAGAGCAGGCGCAAGACAAAGGACGAGAUACGCACCGAAGAAGCCCAUAAGCGCAAACCACCCCUCAGCAGGAUUUUGAGCUUGGCGGACAUGGAGAAAGUCGCAAGCCAGGUUCUCUCGCAUAAAGCAUGGGCUUAUUACUCCUCUGCCGCCGACGAGGAAAUCACUCACCUUGAGAAUGCCCGGGCAUUCUCCCGGUUUUUCUUCCGCGCCCGCGUCAUGAGGCCUGUCGGGGAAUGUGAUCCGUCUACUACCAUUCUUGGAUAUCAAUCUGCCAUUCCCGUAUUCGUGAGCGGUGCGGCGCUUGCGAAAUUGGGACAUCCAAAGGGGGAAGUCAACAUUACCAGGGGCGCGUGGAAGGAAGGCAUUAUUCAAAUGGUCUCCUCUAAUGCCUCUCUAUCGUAUACCGAGAUCAUGGCAGCCGCUGCACCAUCGCAGGUAUUGUUCUUCCAGUUAUACAAGAACAAGGACGAUUCCGUGGCAGUGGAGCGUGUUAGAGAGGUUGAGCGCUUGGGGUACCGGGCGAUCUUCCUGACAGUCGAUGCCAUUGUAGCAGGAAACCGAGAGGCGGACAUCCGGAGUCCCUGGACACUAGAAGACCAGGAAAGCGGAACUAUCCCUGUCUGGGACGAGAACGUCCCCGUGGAUGAGGUAAAUCUCGGCGGAACGGCGGGAGCUUUGGUUAACAGGGACGAUAAAGAUAUGACAUGGGAAAAGACCAUACCAUGGUUGCGAAGUAUAACAAAACUCCCGAUCGUCAUUAAGGGGAUUCAAUGUGUUGAGGACGCUGUGGCCGCGGCAGACGCUGGCGUUGACGGAAUCCUUCUGUCGAAUCACGGAGGUAAUUCCACUUCCAUGUUAUCGUCUGUUGCACGCUUUAACCAAGACAUCGCAGGUCGACAGCUCGAUUACUCGCUACCCCCGAUCGAGGUUCUCCAUCGGAUACGGCUCGAAAGACCUGACGUCUUCGACAGAUUGGAAGUCUACAUCGAUGGUGGUAUAUAUCGUGGGACUGAUGUUGUUAAGGCACUGUGCCUGGGAGCAAGAGCAGUUGGCCUAGGCAGGGCCUUUUUGUACGCCCAAAGUGCCUAUGGAGAAGCCGGAGUGAUAAAGAUUACUCAGCUGCUGAAGCGCGAGAUCGUAACCGCGAUGCGGCUGGUCGGGGCUCGUAAUGUGGCCGAACUCAAGUCAGAGAUGGUUGAGCGCGUUGAUUGGCAACCCCUGCUGAGACCUAAGUUAUGA